UAAGAAGUCUUUCCAGUUGGUUUCACUGGAGAGUGGAGUGAAAAGAAGAGGGUGGGUCAGAGGUUGGCUAAGACAUCAGGCGAAGUGCCACACAAGGACAGACAAGUACCUGGGAAAGUAACAAGCACGAUUUAUCCUCUCUUUGCUUUCAGGAAUGGGGAUCUCGCUGCCUAACUUCCUCAAGUGUUGCAACAAGAAGGAAAGCCAUGAUCUGGAUAAAGGUGUGGUGGAAAGUGGAGAUGAGAACACCGAGCGUGGAAACUGGUCCAGUAAAACAGAGUACCUCCUGUCUAUGGUGGGAUAUGCCGUGGGUUUAGGGAACGUGUGGAGAUUCCCCUACCUCACUUUUCAAAAUGGAGGAGGUGCUUUCCUUAUUCCAUAUGCUAUCAUGCUUGCUUUUGCUGGAUUGCCCCUGUUUUUUCUAGAAUGUUCCCUUGGACAGUUUUCUAGCUUGGGACCAGUAGCCAUGUGGAAAGUCCUCCCUAUCUUUGAAGGUGUUGGGAUUACAAUGGUCCUUAUUUCAACCAUGGUGACCAUAUAUUAUAAUGUCAUCAUUGCCUACAGCUUGUAUUAUUUAUUUGCUUCUUUCACAAGCGUCCUUCCAUGGUCCGAGUGUUUUGCAUGGUCUGACAGCAAAUGUAGUCGAACACCCAGAGAGUUUUGUGAUGUCAUUCUGGAUCCUAAUCGUAUCGAAACGGUUAAUACCACUUGGGUAAAGGAUAACAAUUACACCUGUCUGGAAAAUACAACAGUGACUCUAGAGGCAGAACUUCCAAGCAAACAAUACUGGGAGAAAGUGGCACUUCGUCGUUCAAGUGGACUUGAUGAGACCGGGGAAAUCGUCUGGUACUUGGCCCUCUGCCUCCUCCUUGCAUGGAUAAUAAUAGGAGCUGCAUUGUUUAAAGGAAUCAAGUCAUCAGGAAAGGUGGUAUACUUUACAGCAAUAUUUCCAUACGUGGUCCUUCUCAUUCUGUUGGUACGAGGCGCUACGCUGGAAGGUGCUUACGAAGGGAUCAGCUAUUAUAUCGGAGAACAGUCAGACUUUUCCAAGCUAAGCAACGCAGAUGUCUGGAAGGAUGCGGCCACUCAAAUCUUUUUCUCCUUAUCGGUGGCCUGGGGCGGUUUGGUGGCUCUGUCAUCUUACAACAAAUUUCACAACAGUUGCUAUUCAGAUGCCAUUAUGGUGUGUGUCACCAACUGCCUGACAAGUGUUUUCGCUGGCUUUGCCAUAUUUUCCAUCCUCGGACACAUGGCUUUUAAAGCCCAAAAACCAGUGAAGGACGUCGUAGAUUCAGGGUUUGCAUUAGCGUUCAUUGCCUAUCCAGAAGCUUUGUCUCAGCUGCCAGUAGCCCCUCUUUGGUCAAUCUUAUUCUUCUUCAUGCUCCUGACCCUUGGGCUUGAUUCUCAGUUUGCUUCUGUAGAGACAAUUACAACUACCAUACAUGAUGCUUAUCCACAGGUGAUGAAGAAAAUGCGAGGCAUUAUUACAGUGGGAGCCUGUAUCGUAUUCUUUUUCCUCGGCCUUCUCUGUGUUACACAGGCAGGAAUUUUCUGGGUGGAUCUGAUUGAUAAUUUCUGCGCUGGAUGGGGAAUCCUUAUUGCAGCUAUUUUGGAGAUCACAGGAAUUUGUUGGAUUUAUGGCGGAAACCGUUUCAUUGAAGAUAUCGAAAUGAUGAUUGGGAAAAAACACUGGUCCUUUUGGCUGUGGUGGAGAAUCUGCUGGUUCGUUAUUACCCCUUUGCUACUGAUGGCCAUAUUGAUCUGGUCAUUGGUGACCUUUGAAAAUCCAAAGCAUGGCUCGAUUGAAUACCCAGAAUGGGGCAUUGCUAUAGGUUGGUGCAUGAUCAUUUUCUGCAUCAUAUGGAUUCCUAUCCUAGCCGGAAUAAAGAUAUUCAAAUCUAAGGGAACCUUUCUUCAGCGAUUUAAGAAGAUCUGCCAGCCCACUCCAGAAUGGGGACCAGCCCUUGAAAAACAUCGUGAGGGAAGAUAUAAAGGCACUCGUGAUCUCCAUAAAGUUCCCAAUGGUGUAGAAAUAACGACAAUUGAGGGAGGAUACGACAACAAGGCAUUUUCCUAGUAUUGAUGUUCCGAAAAAUGCCACGAACAUGGAAAAAAAUGAUUUAUUUAUUGUUUUCCUCACCAAGGACACAUUGAAUCCUAAUUGGAAAGCUAACUGUAUACACAAAUUAAAUAUUGAUAGUGGGACACUUUAGUUAUCACAAUUACAAAAGAUAAGCUGCAUUGGUUGGAUUGAAACAUCAGGUAUACGGUUGGUCUUUGUUAACCUGGGAAUGAAAAUGUGAUUCUCGUUUGAUAAUUUACAGCAGGUUUCUGUACAUAUAUGAUACAUAUGUAUAUUUUGCUUUUUCUGAUCCAACCUCUCUCCAACGCAGUUUUAUAUAUGUAUAUGUGUAUUGCAAGAGAUUAGAUAGAUACAUGUUUAUAUUUUAUAUUCUAUUCAUAGGACUUCUGUAAUUGUUUACUAAUCAAAAAAAAUUGUCAUUGUUUGCUAAACCUGAAUGUCUACUAACAAUUAAGACUGGAUUGGCAUCCAAGCCGCCCCUAGAUCAGGAUUUUUCUUUUUAUGUGCCACCUGGAGUUGCGCAAUCAGCUGGAUUAUGUGACACAAUGUCACUUCUCCCGCAGUAGUGGUGUGGCAACUUCGUAUGUGCUAGGUAAUAUGCCCCAGGUUUUAAAAAAAACUGCCCAUCUGAUACUCCUUAGUAAGAAUAAGUAUAUCAAUAAAUAAAAAUAUAAAAAAAAAAUAAUAAGCAUUGUUGACAAAGGGAAAAUUUGAUUAAACAUGGGGUAAACUGAAUCGAGGUUUCUUUAAUUGUAAAUGUGAAUAACCUGCCUCUUUGGUAACAAAGUAUAAAGUAUUAUUAUUACAAUACAGACAGCAAGUAUUACAAAUUUGGGACCAUAUGGAGCCCCCACCUGAGUACAUUUUAAGUUAUGGGUUAUGUUAAAUUUAAAUACCCAGCCCUUUUCUUCUAAAAUUACAUUUCUAUUUUUAUUUAAAUGCACUGCUGGUCACUUGUAUUUUUGUAGCUUAAAUCUCUUGAAAUUCCCUUUAAAUCCCCUAGGGGGCCCACAUUUGUUUUAUGUGCCAGCUUGUUUUACACACAAUAUGAGAAUGGAUUUAUGUAAACUUGGCCACUGGUGUAUUCUCUUGUUGUCUCUCUACAUGUGUAUUGCAUAUAAUUGUAUUAAAUUGUUCAUUGUGUAAUAA